AUGGUGGGGGUAGUCAAAUUGGUCACGGGCGCUAUGGUUGGCAUCCUUGGCCUCGUCGCGACAUGGUGGGCACUCGACCUAGCAAUGUGGACUGCCGCAAAGGACUUCCGCGAGGACUGCCGGGAGCAAUUCCAAGCCUUUAAUGUCACGUCUCCUGAAUGUGACAAGAUCCUCCGCCAAAGUCUACGACCACCUCCGACCUGGCGAGAUUACUUCAAGACAAACAUACCCAAGGUCCAAUAUUAUCGGGUCCACGGCAGCCCGUCCCAUGAUGAAUUAGGUGCAUCGGAACCUAUUGCGACACAGUAUGGUGACACCGUUAUGUGUGAUACCUCGACUUUGAUCUUCAAUUUCCCCCUGGAUGAGGCCGUGUGUGAAGAACGUUGGGCCUUCUCGGCCACCAUUGAGGAGAAUUGUGCUUGCCACGUCUGGACCAAUGGUACGGCGGUAGGAACGGUCGAGGUUGCAGAUGUCUAUGUGCCACAUUUCUCAGGGCCAGAGCAGUGUGAAGAGCUUGGUUCGCUGAUGCAGCUGGCAGAUCAAGAGCUGUGGAGACUUGAAUGUGUCUACCCGUGGACAGCAGCGCAGCCGUCGCCCUCGCCGUCGCGCCUCGAGGUUGGUGGUACGGCGGGAAUUCCGGUAGAAAUUGUCGAGGCCUUCGGUAUCGCUUUCCUGCUUGCUAGUUUUGCAAAAGGGCUGUUCCGCUGGGAUCGUCCACACGCCGUCGUCGCCGACCGGGGACCCGGUGCCAAAAAAGGAGAAAAGGGAAAAAGUAUGUCCUACGUCGCCGCCCGCGCCGUCUUCUCGCCUACCGACAGCACCUCCCCGUUAUCCGUUUCGCCCUCCGAGACGGCCUUGCUACUGAUCGAUUACCAGAACAUCGCGGUCGCGAGGCUCGGCGACGCGGCGCCCAGCGUGCUCGGCAUCGCGCGGCAGAUGCGCGACUGGGCCUUGUGCAAGGGCAUGUCGGUGUAUCACUGUCUGAUCGACACAAGGCCCGGCAUCACACAGCCUCCUGCGCGCAACAAGAUUGCCGCCAAGUGGCGCAUGUACGAGGACAAGUUCGCUGCGGUGCCGGGCCUGGGGUUCGAGGCCGAUGUGUUGGCCCCCGUUGAUCCAGGCUGGGAGAAGACGGUCCUGCGCACGCCGGGACUGAUCUCGGCGCUGGAGUCGCGCGGGCUGAUGGAUGAAUUGGUCUCACGCGGUGUGAAGAGCUUGAUGGUCUGUGGCAUAGUCACAAGUGGGUGUGUUCUGAGCACGGCGCGGGCGGCCACGGAUCAGGGGUUCAUCGUAACGGUCGUGGAGGAUGCGUGUUUCGAUCCUGUCCCGGGCUUGCAUGGGAUGUUGUGUGCGCAUGCAUUGCCGAUGACGGCGCAUGUGGCGACCGCCGGCGAGAUCAGGGAUGCGUGGAAGGUGCUAUGA